UUUAGAAGGGGCGGACCCACACCAUAUACGUAAACAACCCUGUUCUCUGUUCUCACUACAGGGAAGGUGUGUGAGAAUCAACACUAAACUUUGUAGGCUCUGUAACCACUAGGCUUACGAAGGCGAAUUGGACUAACCAAUACAAUAAAGCGGCAUGGCUGAGACUUUGAGGACACUGGUGAAUGGCGCUGAGUGUGAAGUUCAGGACUCUCUGCUUAAGGAUGGCAACGAAGUGAAGUUGACACACGUGGAGGACGUGCCUGUAUCGGCUGAAGUGUAUUGGUCCGCCUUCCGAGACUUCAUUGAACUGCAGCUGAAUUGGAAGCGGCACGAGAACCUGAAGGUUCUAAAAGGCAAUGGUGGAAUUGGGACUGAAAUAUCCUUCUACUACAAUCUGCUGGACAUAAAAGACGGGCAGCGGACCCAGAAGCUUAGAGAGAAGAAUGACUCUACUAAGACCUGGAGUGUGGAGGAAGUCGGGCCGAACAACUUCUACACGAGCUAUCUCAUGACCAUAAAGGCAGAAGGCGAGGCUGCCCAGGCCAAGGUGACCAUCUCUGUCUGUAUGGUAUACGCAAUGAAGAACGUGGAAGAACGUCGUCAGGACAUUGUCUACCACAAGGUUUACUUGCUCGGAGCACGAAUCAGAGACAUUCUAAACUUCGUGGUGCGUGAAAACCUUGACGGAAAUCACCGGUUUGAGAUGGAAGUGGCAUGUUCCCGCAGGAAGCUGUGGGGAGUGGUGGGGAACUUCCACAACGUCUCCUGGGUCAUGGACACCACCAAUGCUGAUGUCACCGGACUCCGCCGGCUCAUGUGCUUCAACAACGACCGCACUCUGGAGGUCCGCCUGGCUUGGGUUGACGACGAUGAUUACUUGUUCGUGUAUGAAGGAGACGUGCACUGCAAGUACUACAGGGGCAGGCUGCAGCUGUUUGCUGUCAACCCACACAAGGUGAAGGUAGUCUACGACUGCACUUUUCUUCCAGUGAAUGACGAACCGAUGGAAGAGUUCAAGAAGUGGUUCAUUCCAGCCAUCAAGACACGCUUUGAAUGGAUUCAGGUAUGGCAUGUCGACAUAAAACCUGUAUUUGUGAUUUUGCUUCUUUUUGACAUACAGUAUACGUCGUACCCAAUCGCAAACCCAAACGCAACUCCAACAAUAACAACUAAAAUGCAGAAUCAAAUUAUGCAGGAGACCACAUCUGCAAAGAGAGUGGAGGUCACGUCUGGUUACCCGGAAGGAUAUCUAAGAACAAGAAGACGUGUACAUCCGCGUAAGAAGCGCCCCAAUCGCGGAUUGCAGUCAUCGGAGCCCACUGCUCCGAAAGCAAAGAAAGGGAAACAUGCAAAUUUCAGGGGUUACAAGAGGGGAUAUGGGGCAAUGGCACAGCUGGAGAAGUUUGGAGAGUCGAGGCUUAAGCUUGCAGCAGAGGGGACUGCUGCCGAACCUGAUGAACCAGCAACCUUGGAGACUACAUCUGACGACUUGAGUGAUGAAUAUGAUGGACCAUCAGUGGAAUCUGUAGUCGGCGAGGGAAGUGCACAAGUUACACAACAGAGAAGCCUAGGUUUCAGGAGUGGGCUUCGGGCAAUGGCAAAGGGAGCCAUGGCACGGGUGUGGCCCCUGCCAUCGCUGGGUGCUGCUCCAACAGGACCACCCAAGUUUACCAAGGGCGAGCACACAACUACCGCCAGUGGGAACGUCAUGGGACCCGUAGAGGAAGUUUGGGGCGUCUUCAGGCCAUUUGGACAGGACUGCAUGGAGUACUGGAAAAUCUAUGACAGCAUGGAGAUUGAGGAACCCGGAAAUGACGUACAAGGCUGUAUCCGGGCAUUUGUCACAUCCAAAACAAAGUCGAAGAUCAGGGAGAAGCUGGAAUGGCGAGACGACGAGAACCACGUUGAGAUCUACAGUCUCUUGUCCAUGGAUCCGGCUCCGCCAGUUGAAAUGACCAACGUGUAUACCACAGUGACUAUGACUUCAGUUGGGGAAAAGGAGACAGAAGUCAAGUUUGAGUGCACAUUUGACGCGAGCUUGCCGAUGGCCGUACCAGGUAUCCAAGACAACCAGAAGGGCGCCUACAUGGCAUGCAUCAACGGACUCCAGCAGCUCUUCCACUCCGAGGUCGGGACGCUAGAGGUCGUUGUUAAGAGUGCGAAGGAUUUGGCUGUCUCUGGUGAUAGCUAUAAAGUUGACCCAUACGUUAUGCUCGUUGCUAACGAUGGAAAGCCUGUUAACACCAAAGUGUGCCGUGGUACACAAAAUCCCAUUUGGGAUGAAAAGUUUCCCCUGUCCCUGACGUCACGUACCAGGAACGUCGUGUUUACUGUCAUGGAUUACAGUAAGUCCAAGGACAUCGGUAAAUCUGUCGUGAAUAUUGAGGAGUUGGCGUCCGGUAAAGAGAAGAACAUGUCUCUGAAACUGCAAGGUGGUGGCACACUGACUGUCCGCCUUUACCUGAAGAUGCACCAGAAACCCCAGCAACUUGAAGAGGGAGAGAAAGUCAUCCCCGGUAUCAUGCUGCCAUUCAUCGCACCGGUCUUCCAGAGUGAGCUGGAUACAAUCAGGAACGAGUUCACCCAUCUUAUCAUGUCAUUCCUUGGACCGGGACAAAAGUAUGGCCUCAUACGCACCACCCGCCUCCGGACUCACCCCGAAGUUCCACUAGAGGAGAUGCCGGCUGCCUGCCUUCCCUUGCCGACAGAGGAGUGGUUCUCUGCAAAGAAACAUGGCCGGCUCAUGGAGCGCCUCGCAGAGUUCAUUGGCUCUCAGGCUAAGUUCAUGAUGCGUUUUGCCGAAGCGAAGAAAAAGGGUAUGUGGGAUCCAUGGAAGGCCAACUUUAGCGGCUACCUUCCCGCUAACGAGAGGCUGAUUGAACUUUGGCAAAAUGAUGAAGAAUUCUGCCGCCAGUUUAUCCAAGGUAUCAACCCGAUGAUGCUAAAGGUGUGCAAGGAGCAAAGUCAGAUUCCAGCCAGCAUGCUGGGCCUAAAGGUACAAGGCAAGACCACGCUGCAACUCAUGGCAGAGAACAGGCUCUUCAUCGUGGACUACGCACCCAUGCUGGGGGCACCAGCCACGCCCGGCAAGUUCUUCUACGCGCCGAUUGUACUGAUGUACAAGGAGGAGCUGGGUGAUGGGAAGUCUCGGCUGAACAUGCUCGGCAUUCAACUGACCAGAAAGUCAGGCAAAAACAAAGUGUACUCACCAGAAACGGCUAAGACCCAUCCCAACAAGUACAUGUUCGCCAAGAUGCACGUGAUGUCAGCUGACAACAACGUGCACCAGUUCCUGUACCAUCUGGGCUACACUCAUCUCGGUAUGGAGCCGAUAGCUGUGUCUCUUCACACCCACCUGCCACCAGACCACCCCAUCCACCGCCUGCUGCUGCCCCACUUCAAGGACACCAUCGGCAUCAACUACCUGGCCCGCCACUCCCUGGUCUCCAGGAUCUUCCCCAUCACCGACCCGAUGUUCGCCACUUCCACCGUGGGAGGGCUCCACAUGUUCAUCAAGGAGUGGCGCAAGUACAACUUCAUGGACAUGGCUUUCCCAGAGGAGCUGAAGAGGCGUGGUUUUGACGAAGCAAAGUCUGACGGCCUGGAAGACUACUUUUUCCGCGAUGACGGCUUUAAGCUGUGGCACAUCUACAAAGACUACGUGACGGGGGUAGUGGAGGAGGCGUAUCCCGCCGACCAGAAGGUUACAGAUGACAAAGCUCUGCAGGACUUCUGUCAAAUGAUCGAAGGUGAGGGGCAGCUUCGCGGGUUUCCACGCGAGAUUUCCACCAAGAAGCUGCUCGUCGACUGCCUGACCAACAUCAUGUUCAACGUGAGCGCGCAGCACUCCGCCGUCAACUUCCCACAGUAUGACUACUACUCCUUCAUACCCAACAGGCCGGCCCAGCUAAACAUGGAAAUGCCCCAUGGCCCAAAUGACAUGCUGGAGUCUGCCAUCCUUGAUGCCCUGCCGGACGCUAAGUACACGUCUCUGCAAGUCCUGCUGUCCUACAUGCUGUCCAUGCCGUCCCAAACUGCCAUCACUGGGGUUGAGGCCAUGAAGGAAGUGUAUCCUGAGGUCCAUGAGAAGUUCCAAGAGCAGCUCCAGGACCUCUCCAAUGAGAUCAAGGGUCGUAACGAGGGUCUGAAGGCGGAAGGGAAGGUCGCCUACACCUACCUGGACCCCGAGAACGUGGCCAUGAGUAUUGAUAUCUAGAUUCAUAAAUACAAAAAGAUUGGCCAGCCUUCUUAACAGUACAUGAACAAUGCUCACGCAUGCUUUGAUUAAAGUACAUGCGUAUGGACGCAAAGGUAACAGAGGUAAAAAAAUAUAUCAUAUACGAGUCAUCAUAUUAUCACAUCAUGUUAUAUAUGAGGGAUGAGCAAUAAGUUCUUAGCCUUAUCAAGAAAUGAGGGGUGAAAAACUAAACUUUCGGGCAUAAAAAGUCACAUAUUCACCAAUUUUUAAACCAUUCUGGUCAUUACUUUCCAGUCGACGACCUUUUUUAUUCAUAAAUUCAUACUGACACUAUACCUGAUUGGCGAUAGAAACAUCGACGCCAAUCAGAUCAAGAAAUACACGAAUUGAAUACUGACCUUCUAUAUUUGAUGACGGGAACAUAGCUAUCAAUCAGAGCUAGAAUAACAGAAGGAAGAAGUUAGGCUUUUAAACAAUAUAUAGUGAGGCUUUUAAACAAUAUUAUCUACUUGACUUUAACAGUCAUGUGCAGCUAGCUUUGUGUCUUCAAUGUAAGUUUGGGUUAGUUGCAUAGUCCUUUUCAAAGUAGCGAGAAAUAACAAGGGGGCUGUGAUCAGAGCUAUGAGAGUGGAGUUGCUCAUGCUACAAAAUCUUGACAAUAUUUAAUGACAAUUACCUUGAAGUUCGUAUUUCAACUAGACAGAAGUGGGUAUUUGACUUUCAGCAGAGUAUGCUGCAGACCUCAGAUUCCAGCUCAACUGUCCUUG